CAAUUAUAGUGUGACACCACCGGUCCCAUCUUGGUUUGACAGAGGAAGAGGAACCGUCCAUAUUACAGCUGCUUUGUCAGCGGUCGCACGGCGAUGGACCCUGCCGGUGGGAGAGACGAGCGGCGGAGGCAGGCAGAGCGUCUUCGCCGGGAGGAGGCCUACUACCACUUCAUUAACGAGCUGAACGAGGAGGAGUACCGGCUCAUGAGAGACGGCAACCUGCUGGGCACCCCUGGGGAGGUGACGGCAGAAGAGCUCCGGCAGCGCCUGGAUGGGGCCAAGGAGCGCGUGUCCUCUCAGCCCCGCCCCGAGCAGCGUCUGCAGGCAUCCACAGACGCCGGGGACCAGGAGGGCAGCAGUGGGGCCCCUGACCCGGGAGCCGAAUCCUCCAACGGUGAUUCAUUACUGGAGUGGCUGAACACGUUCAGGCGCACCGGCAAUGCCACGCGCAGCGGGCAGAGCGGCAACCAGACCUGGCGCGCGGUCAGUCGCACCAACCCCAACAGCGGCGAGUUCCGCUUCAGCCUGGAGAUCAACAUCAACCACGAGCAGCCGGAGCCCGGCGAGCACAGCGAAGCCGCGCUUGCGGCCGAGCUCCCGGCGGUGGCCCCUAACACCACCUCAACCGCAAUACGUACAGCCUCGUAUCUACCCCCAGUGCCACGCCCCUCAACCUAUGCCGCCCCUUAUCCCACCCCCCGGCCCUCCAUCAGCAGGAGGGCCCAGGCCAGGCGCACACGCAGUGCCAACUCCUCCCCCCGCUCUGCCCAAGACAGUGUUCCUCCAGCACCCCCUCCUGCCUCUGUGAUGAGGAGGGGGGUGACCCUGCCUCCAACACCACUACCAACACCACCUCACCCUUCCUUUACUCCCCCCAGUGACCAAGCCGGCUCCUUGCGACACCACACCCUGAACGCGGCGCUGGAGCGUGGGCGUGACGAGGUGACGGCCUCCCUGGAGUGUCCACGUGUGUCGCCGCCUCGGCCUCCUGCCUCUCAGUCCCCACCAGGGGGGCUUGACUCUCGCGGGAGCAGGACUCGAUCCCGCGGUCGAAUCCGGCGGGCCGCCGGAGGGGCCUCAUCUCGGUCUUCAAGGAGAAGCCGUUCCCCCUUAAGCAGAACACCCGUCGCCAGUUCCGCUCUCGACUCUGGCCUAGCCGGCAGUGGUUCUGAUGGCCAAAGCCUCGAACCAGGCGCUGGAACUAGCUUGGUUUCCAUGGAGACACAGGAGGCCGGGUUGGAGCCCGUCGCUCUAACCGAGGCCGCCACAGAGGCAGGGGAUCACGAAAGGGAGACCCAGGCGGCCGCUGCAGGCGCUGCGAGUGUCCGCCGACAUCCCACCAUCAUGCUGGACCUACAGGUCCGGAGGAUCCGCCCCGGAGAGAAUAGGGACCGGGACAGCAUCGCCAGCCGGACGCGGUCCCGCGCCCGCGUGGCAGAGAACACGGUCACCUUCGAAAGCGACAGCGGCGGAUUCCGGCGCACCAUCUCGCGCUCAGAGCGGGCGGGGAUACGCACCUACGUCAGCACCAUCCGCAUCCCUCUGCGGCGCAUCAGCGAGACGGGCCUGGGGGAGCCCAACUCCACCGCCCUGCGCUCCAUCCUGCGCCAGAUCAUGACCGGCUUCGGAGAGCUCAGCUCCCUCAUGGAGACGGAGGCCGAUUCUGAGACGGUGGCCCCCAGCCACCUGGACGCCCCCUCCGCCGGCGCCAACCCCACCACCGUCCCCGCCUAUCGUCUGCAUGGAAACGAGAGCACCGCCGGCCUCAGCGGCACCGGCGCCGUGGACGAGGGCGGGGGAGCGCGGGCGGCGGGGGCCGAGGAUGACGCUCAGGGAAGGCAGGGUGGAGGGGUCAUGAGCCCCACGGAGGGCCGUGCCACCAGCAGAGACACGAACAACCUGGUGGAGAACGGGACGCUGCCAAUCCUGCGGCUGGCCCACUUCUUCCUGCUCAACGAUGAGGAGGACGAGGAUCACCCGCGGGGCCUCACCAAAGAGCAGAUCGACAACCUGGCAACGCGCACCUACGGCCAGGCCAGCCUGGAGGGGGAGGCGGGGCGCGCCUGCAGCGUCUGCAUCAACGAGUACGCCCAGGGCAACAAACUGCGCCGGCUGCCCUGCUCCCACGAGUUCCACAUCCACUGCAUCGACCGCUGGCUCUCGGAGAACAACACCUGUCCCAUCUGCAGGCAGCCCAUACUGGCGGCACAUCACGAGUGACCGCUGGGAUUCCUGCCCCUCACACCAACGGAGACACACCAACGUCAUUCUGGGUGUAGAGAACCUGCCCAAGCGGGCCGAGCAUGUACAUAGGCUUUCAUGGUUUUUAUUUUCCUUAAAAAAAAAUAAAGACUUCAUCCUGUUCAAGCUGAGGAAGGUGAAACAGAAAGCGUGGAGGGAAAGCUUACAAAUGCAGAGAAUUAUCAAAACUUUAUUUUUUUAGACAUCUUGGUUUUCAGCAGUGUUUGGUUGUUUUUGAGUUGGAUCAUUUUCCUGCUAGGACCAGCUCUGGACUCCGUAGCCUCAUGCUUCAGAGGAUUGGCAUCAACCGCUAUUGCUAGCACUAAAGGAGCUACAGAGGCUGCUGCUGCUGCUGACUCAUCUCCACCCUCUGUUUUCCACGUGCGACAUCCCUCCUUCACGAAUGGACGGUGAACCAUUCCCUUUCAGGCCCGACGAACAUGUACUUCAGUGUAAAUACCUCACUGAUGCUCCAGAUCCAUGGAUUCUGUUCUGCGGCAAGCUACGCACGCAUCUCUCUUUUGAAGAUGUUGAGUUUGUUUUUUUGGAAACGACAACCGAAGUUGCAAUCCUCCAUUUGUAAUGCUCUUGACAUUCAUUGCUACAUUUUUGCUUGCAAAUUGUCCUAUUAGUGGACUGUGUGUGUGUGUGUGUGUGUGUGUGUGUGUGUGUGUGUGUGUGUGUGUGUGUGUGUGUGUGUGUGUGUGUGUGUGUGUGUUUGUGUCUUCCAUCUUCAAAUCUUUUCAGCAUGUAACAGACCCUUGGUAGUUGAUGGCCAGGAAGCCAGCGUCCUUGAUUUCGUUUUUAAUGGCCAGGAUCAGUGACCAGACCUGGUCAGCUUUUGAUUUCUGUACUAUGUGUUAUUCAAAUUGGUUAUCCCCCAACCAGUCUGUCCAGCCAUUGGGUGCUGCGCUGGGUCUGGUUGGCCUAGAAUAAGGACUGGGUUUGACUUUUAUUUCUCAUUAUUUCGACCCUUGGAGAACGUAAUGGAUUGGACACCUGGAUUUCCUUCAGCACCAUGACCCAGACACUACCAUCCCCAUGGUUACCAUGGGGUCACAUCCAAAGUUUCAGCAAUUGAAUCACAGUAAGCAGGAGCACUAUUCUUCUGGUACCACUAUACUAUUAAACCACACAGCUGAUGGUGGGGAAGUCCUUGGGUAAGUGUGUGUGUGUGUGUGUGUGUCUGUGCAUGUCUACAGAGCUGAAGGAGUGUGGAGUACAGGAUGUCCCAGUAACAGUGGGUCUCAUCGGAUCUCAGAAAGCACUGCUUUGCUUUAUUUAUUUUUCUCGAAUUUCCAACCAAGUUGGAGAAGGCUUUGUGUCUCCCCAGUACAGAAGUGACUAUUUAUUCUGCUCCUAUUUAAUAAGAUGAGAAAAGAAAAAUGCUUUUGGAAAUAUGUAUUAUGUUACGUUGUGAUGAGAAUCAAACAAAAAUAAAUAUGUAUUAUGUUACUAUGUAAUAAAAUCAAGACAAGGGGU